AUGGCAUUCUGCAGUAUUACAUAUGCUGCUUCUGGAUUUGUGGUGAAAUCAAACAUCAGCAGCACCUUUGAAACAUUCACAAUUAAGUCCGCAAUGGUAAUGUUUCCUUCCAAGAACACAAGAAGCUCGCGAUUGGUUGUGAAGGCUGCUGAAGAAGCUGCGGCGCCAGUGGCCGCCGGUGCUACAUAUACCGAUGAAGACAAGUCUAAACCACCUCCGAUUGGACCCAAAAGAGGAACACAAGAGGGACACGAGUUGGUGGUGGUGGUGAUGGUGGUGGUGGUGGUGGUGGUGGUGGAAGAGAUGGAGGUCCACGAGGGAUGGUUGGUAAGGAUUGAGAGGGAGGAACAGUGGCACUAG